GCUCACCAAAAAUAGACACGUUAAUUGUAACCGAGCAAUAAGAAAACAAUCGAGCCUUCAAAGGCGGUGAGUUUGCUAUAAAUAGUCCAUAGGUUCUGUUCUGGUUAUGUUCCUCGUCCUUCACCUAUAUAUACCUCCCCUCCCGCAUCACUGCCUCUCACAGAACAAAAUAAUUAUCGGUGUUUUGUCUAUGCUAUUGCAUCCUCAAAACCAACACAAGAACCAACAAAGCAGAAAACACAUUCCAGCCAUGGCUGCUUUCUCUUCCAAAUUGCCUUUGGUUCUUUUCCUCUCUUCUCUCUUCCUCCAUGCAGCAUUCGCUGAGCUUGUAUGCGAGGAUCUGCCAAAGGAUGUUUGCGCCUUUUCGAUAGCGUCUUCGGGGAAAAGGUGUUUGCUGGAGACGUCGGUGGCCGGGGAUGGAAGCGUGGAGUACCAAUGCAGGACAUCGGAGGUGUUGGUUCAGAGGAUGGCCGAGUACAUAGAGACCGACCAGUGCGUCCAUGCGUGUGGGGUUGAUAGGAACAUGGUUGGUAUUUCAUCGGAUGCCCUUCUUGAGCCACAAUUCACUGCCAAGCUUUGCUCGCCGGCUUGCUACCAGGAGUGCCCCAACGUUAUUGAUCUCUACUUCAAUUUGGCCGCCGGCGAAGGAGUAUUUUUGCCGGAUCUCUGUGAGAGACAGCGCAGCAACCCUCACCGUGCGAUGGGCGAGCUUUUGAGUUCCGGUGUUGUGGCCCCUGGCCCUGUUUCUGGCAAUCCAACAACAUCAUCAAUUACAGCCGCUGCCCCAUAUGCCCAGUAAUUAUGUCGAUCGUGUACGUGGUUUCUUCAACACCAUGUCGUUCCUCUGUAAUUUGUGUAAGUGAGUGAGGAAUAAUUGGCAAAUUAGGGAGACAGAGAGUGAUUGAGGGCUCACUUUGCUAGUUAAUUAAGAUCGUUUUCUUCAGAAUUAUUAUGUACGUUAUUUGAUUGAAAGAGUAUUCAUGUAUUAUUCGAAUUUUAUAAAGCGAUCAGAAUAAUUAAUGAACAUUACCAUAUAAAUAUUUGUUCUGUUCUUCAA